UAUUCCGACUGAAAAAGAAUAAUUUUCGCUUUCCAGGGUUUCAAAAAUGAUUUUCUUCAUUACGAAAUGUUUUCAUGUCCAGUUUAAAUCGGGUACCUCUGAAGCGAUACCCAUAAAUGAACACACGUACCAUUUGUUGAUGACAUGUUCCCACGACCCCCUCCCCUGUGGAAAAUAUUUUUGUGAAAGGAUCAUAUUGGCGAUAUUACUGCGAUCGGAGGUGGCUCCAUCUUGAAAGAUAUAUAUCGGUGCGUGCGGCACCAAAUAGGUGGGCCUGAGAACGGACGCUUUUAUUUUCUUCUGUCGUAAGCAAGGUAAGCGGAAGGGCUCUUGUCCAAAAAAGGAGUCCUACCUGUCUGUUGUAAUCAGACACUUUAGUGGCGAGUGACCUCAAAAUCAUCAUCUGCUAUAUAACAUUUCGAUUUGGGGGCAGAGCCUUCGUAACAGCUUAGCAAGAGAGAGAAAAACACUCAACAAAGGACAUUUUCCUCGGACUGGUUUUUGCAAUCGCACUUUGGCGCUUAACGUAUCAUUGAAUAACCUCUAUUCCGUUUUUUGCUGCUUCGGCCGAGCUGCUAGAGAUGGCAACGACGAUUUUAAAACUCCUGCUGAUAGCUUGUAUCGGAGCAGAAUUUGUACACAGCCAACUUCGAUCGAUUAGUCUCGGGCAGAGAGUCCCUGACGAGGAUGAAAUAGAAACAUGUGGAAACAUACGCGACAUAAUCAGAAGAAAUUCAGCUCGCUUUAGAAAAAUUAUCGUGAAGAACACAAACAGUGAGAUCAAUUUCGCAAACGAUGACUGCCGUCGAAUGACUGCAAGAGCGAAGAGCAAGCUGGAUGUGCUGGGAUCUACAGUGAAACGCCAAUGGAGCAAUGUAAAAUUGAAAGUUACUCUUGCUUGGACGGACCAAAUUAUGCCACAGGCACCAAUCUCGCUUCAUUAUGAAGGACGUGCUGUUCGUCUCCAGACCUCUGAUGGUGACACAGGAAAGCUCUCUACUUUAGCAGGCCUGGCCGUACAGGCAGGAUUUGACUGGGUGAAUUAUGCAACCAAAUCUUACAUCCACGCAAGCGUCAUUCGAGAUGUUUGCCAGACAUCCGUGGAUCUAGCCUUUAUCCUGGACUGUUCAGGCAGUGUGGGAAGCCACAACUUCAGAAAAAUAAAAGACUUCGUGAAAAAUGUGGUGGACUUCUUCAACAUCGGUUCAUCUGGGACACACGUGGCGGUUGUAACAUAUUCUACGUACCCACAAUUGGAAUUCAAUUUAAAAGCCCAUCACACCAAGUCGGCGAUCAAGAAUGCAGUGGGGAACAUAUAUUACCGAGGGGGAUGGACAUACACUGCAGACGCUUUGGAUUAUGUACGCCACAACAUUUUCACGACGUCACAAGGAAUGAGACCAGAUCAAGGCAUCCCAAAAGUGACUGUUUUACUUACUGAUGGAUAUUCCAAUGGGCGUAGUGUGAGCGGGCCUGCCAAUCAACUCCGUAACCAUGGUGUAAAUAUCUUUUCUAUUGGUGUUGGUAAUAACGUCAAUCCUACAGAGCUGAAUGUGAUUGCUUCUGACCCGGAUAGCACGCACGUGUUCCGAAUGAGCAGCUUUAACGAUCUGUCAGGCUGGGUCGACAAACUUAGUGCAGUAUCAUGUGAUGAGGGUGCCGCUGUCUCAUCGUGUGACGAUACUAUUACCACUGUGGAGAGCGACACGUUUAAAUACUUCAGGACACAGUUUGAUACCGUGGCCAAGAACAGAAUAUCUGUGGAAGUCAAAGACAUCGACGGCAUUUCCCAUCUCUACGCAUCGCUAACAAGCUCCAACCCAGGCCCUGUAGAUCCAGCCUCGUCCAAAAAUGAGAGUGAUGUGUCACCUCGUGCCAUUUCCUUGUCUCUAUCCGCAUCAAAUAAGAUCGUUUUCGUGGCAGUUCAAGGCCAGCACUCAAGCAAUAAAUUUCAGUUGUCCAUGUGGGAUGCUCUCUUCUCGCGUGACACUUACGUUGCAAGUGUCACGGAAGAACAAAACGCACCUGUCACGGUGCUGAAUGAAAAUCUGUCGCCAUACUCCUACACGCUCAAAUACAGCAUCAUUGAAGGUAAUGAUGGAAACACUUUCAGCAUUGAUUCGAACAGUGGUCUUAUAGAAACGACAAAGAAACUAGACAGAGAAACAAAAUCAUCCUACCGUUUGACUGUUCUCGGUCAGAACACUAACAACAGAUGCCACAAAGGUCGCGCUGUUGUUCUUGUUAACGUCAAAGACAUCAAUGACAAUCCUCCAAUCUUCCCACUCGCAUCAUACUCGGCAACUGUACCCGAAGAAACUCCCGCCAAUACUUUUGUUGCUAUGGUUACCGCAACGGACGCCGACACUGGCGUGAACGCGCAGUUGACUUACAGCAUCGUCGCGGGAAAUAACGAUAAAAGAUUCAAGAUAAACGACCAAGGCGAAGUAGAGACUACACAAGAGUUAAAUUACGAAGAUAAGAGUAGCUACGCUCUUACAAUCUCUGUCAAAGACGGCGGAAGCCCAAGCAAGAGUGCUACCACAGUGCUAACUGUAAUUGUAGAAGAUAUCAACGAACCCCCUUAUUUCGUGAAGGACUGCGCGCGAAAUAGCACUUGUAAGUUCUCGGUGAAGGAAAACAACAACCGCAAUGCGCCAUUAGGCAUGAUUCAAGCUAAAGAUCCUGAUACAGGCUGUAGUUCUUUAACUUACGAAAUUGUCACGGAGCAGUCGCAAAAUUCCAAGGUCUUUGGUAUUGAUAGCAGUGGGCAAGUACAUGUGCUUGUAAAAUUAGACCGUGAGAUGAAGCCGCAUUAUACAGCUGUGAUUACAGUGCAAGACUGUGGUUCACCAGCGCUGGAAGUAUCAACUCGCAUUAAAGUAGAAGUUCUGGACGAAAACGAUGAGAGCCCACGAUUCACACUGAACUCGUAUAAAGCAUCUGUGCAAGAAAACAUCGCUCCAGGAAGCACUGUUGUACAAGUCUCUGCCUUUGAUGCUGACGCCGGGUCCAACAGCGAGUUAUCAUACAAUUUAACUUUUGGGGAUACGAGUGCAUUUAUGAUCGACCCACGCACUGGGACAAUUACGAGUAAAGUGUCGUUCGACAGAGAAACCAAGGCCUCUUAUUUGCUCACCGUGCGCGCGAGGGAUCAUGGGCAAAAUCCUCAGGACGGUACCGCGACGGUGGAUAUUACGAUUCUAGACGUGAAUGAUAACAAACCGGCAAUUAACAACUUACCAGCGACAAAACAAGUUCCUGAAGACAAAAACACCGGGGAAGUGGUAUUUGUUGUUACAGCGACUGACCGAGAUUUAGGUGUGAACGCUGAUAUGCGGUAUUACAUCGACAAAGGAAACGAACAGAAUUUGUUCAACGUGGAUGCUAAAACAGGAAGUAUGACUCUCGCUCGUAAACUGGACUAUGAAAUAAGAAUAAGCUAUACACUGAAAGUCCGCGUCAUAGAUAGAGGAAGUCCACCUCUGUCCUCAUCUGCUGAUCUUACAAUCUCGGUGCAGGACGUGAACGACAACGCCCCAGUGUUUAGCCUCUCAUCCUACAGAGCAACAGUACAGGAAAAUAAAGCAAGUGGAACAUCAUUUUUCAGGGUAACUGCUACAGACUUAGAUUCCGGAUCAAAUGGAGCUAUAACGUAUACUAUUGUUGGGGGCGUGAAUGGAAACUUUUUUGAGAUCGACAGCAAAGGGUAUCUUUUGAUCAAAAACCCACCUGACUACGAAACCAAAAAGCAGUUCGACUUGAUGGUAGAGGCAAGGGAUGGCGGUAACCCUGCAAAAUCAGCCACAGUUCCGGUGAAGGUUUUCAUUGAAGACGUAAAUGACAAUGCACCCUCAUUUAAUCAGUCAAGCUAUCACUUAGUUGUCCGCGAAGACGCAGCAGUGCGUAAGAGGGUUGGAGCAGUCUUCGCUACAGACAAAGAUUCUGGGGUAAGAGGCAGGCUGCUGUACACCAUAACGGGAGGAAACGUGGGCAGUGCCUUCACAAUUGAUGGAAAUACUGGUGUCCUCAGUGUCCAGUCCAGACUCGACAGGGAGACAACUGCACUGUACACUCUGAAAGUAGAAGCACGCGAUGGUGGAAAUCCAUCCAAAGAUGCUCUUGUCGACGUGCAAAUCACAAUUUCAGAUGUGAAUGACAACGCACCUUUAUUUGACAAAUCAAGCUACAGUGCGUCUAUCAGCGAGGCUGCUUCUCCUCCAGCAUCCGUUGUCAAGGUUUUUGCUCAAGACAACGACGUAGGACUCAAUAAGGAAAUAACUUAUGAUAUUAAGACCGGAAAUGAAGACGGAACGUUUAUCUUGGAUAAAAAGAAUGGAUCGAUUACACUUAAUCAAACACUUGAUCGCGAGAAGAAGGCUGCCUAUGGGCUGGUUGUGACCGCAACAGAUCAUGGGACUCCUCCACUGGCGUCAUCGGUCUAUGUUAUGGUAACAGUUGGUGACGUCAAUGACAAUCCACCCUCCUUUCCGCAUUCGCUGUACAACUGCACUGUCGCUGAGAACUUGGCCAAUGGCGUGGCUGUGUGUUUCGUAACCGCCACCGAUCCAGAUUCGGGUUUAAAUGGCCAAUUGUUUUACAGCAUAAUAUCCGGCAACGAUGGAAAUGCCUUUGAUAUAAAUACGGCUACCGGAGAGAUCACAACACAGCGUACUUUGGAUAGAGAAUCUAUCGCUGUGUAUAACUUGACGGUGAAAGCAGAGGACGGAAAAAACAGCCGAAGCAUCAAAUCUUUGAGUGAUACCACGUCCGUUCGAGUUUAUAUCAUGGAUGAGAAUGAUAACGGGCCAGUCUUUGACCAGCCCGCUUACACGUUCCACGUGUUGGAAAAUGCAACGAUGUCUCAAUUGGUGGGACGAGUAGAAGCCAAAGAUAAAGAUGCGGGACUCAACGGAAAAUUGACGUACAGUAUAUCCGCUGGGAACUCUGGGGACAGCUUUAAAAUUGAUCCCGUGUCUGGUGUAAUUAGAGUCAACUCAGGACUGGACCGGGAAACCCAGGCCCGGUUCGCACUAACAGUGGUGCCAAAAGACUCUGGGUCACCCUCGCUCUCAGCCAGUGUCGUUGUCACGGUGGUAAUAGGUGACGUCAAUGACAAUCCACCAAUGUUUAGUCGGUCUGUGUUUUAUGGUAUCAUAAGGGAAGAUGCCUCUACUGGUUCAACAGUUUUGAAGGUUGAAGCAAAAGACAAGGAUGAAGGGUCAAACGGUCAACUACAAUUCAAUUUGCAAGGAGAAGGAAGUAAAAAUUUCAGCAUUGAUUCACGUGGCUUCAUUCAUACUUCCACACCUUUGGAUUACGAGAAGACGAGCUCUUAUAUCCUGACUGUCAUCGCAAAGGAUGGUGGAUCUCCUACGCAAACAGCGUCUGCGAAAGUUAACAUCACUAUCGUCAACGUGGACGACAACGUUCCUGUGUUUGAGACGUCUUCAGCACCGACGAAGGUGCGCGAAGAUGUUGCCAUAGGAACGCGAGUUGUGCGCUUGAACGCUACGGACGCCGACGGAAACGAUUUAACGUUUCACAUAAUAGACGGAAAUGUGGGUGGUGCUUUUGCUAUACAGAAUAUCUCUGGACUGAUAACAGUAGCGUCAAAGCUUGAUCGCGAAACAUUUGCGAAGUACCAUUUGGCCGUGCGUGCGAUGGAUGCAAGCGGAAAGUCCGUGACAAAUAAUGCAACAAUUGAAGUGGUAGAUGUAAAUGACAACGCACCCAAAUUCACCAGCCCCAACUAUUCCAAAGGUAUCAUGGAGAACUUAGCACCAGGUCAGCUGGUUGCUAACAUUAAGGCAACGGAUAAAGAUAUAGGUGACAAUGCUGUUAUCAGCUACGAGAUAACUUCUGGCGCCAGCAAUAAGUUCAAAAUCGAUUCUACAACUGGAGUUUUAACAACAUCUGAUAGGCUAGACCGUGAAGUAGCGUCCUCGUAUCGAUUGGUCAUCACGGCCAAAGAUCAGGGAAAACCUUCUCUUUCGUCCACCACCACUGUGUUCGUGACCGUCCUCGAUGAUAACGACAACUCGCCGGAAUUCUCGAAACCUUUCUACCAAGCGUCUGUACUCGAAAACACCGCCAUUACAACAAACGUUUUGCACCUGGUGGCCACAGACCUUGACGAUGGCCGCAACGGUCUGGUGACAUUUUCCAUUGUUUCUGGGAAUACCAAUGACGCAUUUAAGAUAGACAAUUCAACUGGCUUUUUAUCUGUCAAUCAAAAUUUGGACAGAGAGGCUGUUGCCUUCUACAGCUUAUAUAUCAGUGCUUCUGACAAUGCUCCAAACCCCAGAAGUAACUUUGUUCGCGUCAAUUUCACCGUAAUGGACAAGAAUGACAACAGCCCAGCGUUUGUAAAUGUGGAGAAUUUUACAGUUAUAGAAAAUGUGCAGAUUGGUGCCAACGUAGGAUCUGUUUCCGCAACAGAUGCCGAUGCUGGGAGUAAUGGUGAAAUCAGGUUUUCAAUGGUUAAAGGCAACGGUGAUGAUGCUUUCCGUAUAGAUCCCGUUUCUGGUCAAAUAAAGGUUAAUGGAAGAAUCGACCGAGAGAAAACUGAUAGAUAUGUCCUAACUAUAAUCGCGUCUGAUCAGGGAAAAACGUCCAUGAAAACUGCACAAAAUUUCUAUGUUACAGUCGAAGACCAGAAUGACAACCCACCUAAAUUCGACGCAAACGUUUUUCAAGGUACUGUCAAAGAGAAUGUUGCUGUAGUUGCCGAUGUCGUUCAGGUGAAAGCAACGGAUGCAGAUGUGGGAUCCAAUGCAGACAUCACCUACAGAAUCACCGGGGGCAAUUCCCAAUCCUUUUUUUCCAUAGAUAUUCGGACUGGCAUCAUCAACACCACUGCACAGCUGGACUUUGAAAAGACACCGGUAUUUAACUUGACCGUGUCUGCAUCGGAUUCCAAGUUCACGUCCAUUGUUAGCGUGAUUAUUAAAGUCAUUAAUGAAAAUGACAAUAAUCCUUCGUUCCCUCAGCCGACGUACUACGUAAGCGUCGCAGAAAAUUCUGCUGUGGUGACCUCGGUGGUGACAAUCACUGCUUUUGACGUCGAUCCAUUUGGUCAGCUCACUUACUCCAUCGAAUCUGUUCAACCCGGUAACCAUAGUGACGCGUUUAGUAUAGAUUUGACCUCUGGGCUGAUCUCAACCGCUGACGUGCUGGACCGAGAAAUGACUGACAGCUAUGUCGUCAUUGUUAAGGCAACGGACGGAGGAAAACCAUCUCUUCAUGGUUCUACCACAGUUAUGGUUAAUGUCACUGAUACAAAUGACAAUCCACCUGUAUUCAAGAACACUUCCAUGACAGCAGUUAUCUCCGAAGCAUCAGCGGUUUCUUCCUAUGUUACAAAAAUUACCGCCAGUGACUUAGACACUGGAAGCAAUGCUGAAAUAUCUUACCGCAUAAUCUCAGGAAAUGAAAUGUCAGCUUUUGCCAUUUUCUCAGAUACUGGUAUUAUAACAACAAAUAUGGAACUCGACAGAGAAAACAUUUCAAACUACGCUCUCAUCUGUCGAGCUACCGAUCAUGGAAACAAGCCACUGCAUUCCAUGUCAAUAAUCGUUCACGUGACUCUAUCAGAUGUGAAUGACAACGCACCCAAAUUUGAUCAAUCCGUGUACAUAGUCAAUGUGACCGAAGAUGUUUCAUCCGGGACUGUAGUAGAGGAGAUACACGCUGUGGAUAAGGACGCCGGGCUCAACGGACUCGUUAGUUACCAGAUCACGGAUGGAAAUGACGAUGGUACUUUUGAUAUUGGUAAUGGAACUGGUGUCGUGACAGUUUCUGGAAAACUUGAUCGGGAGACGCAAGAUUUCUACACGUUAAUUAUCACAGCAAGUGAUUCCGGUCAUCCGCUAAAGAGCUCCUCUGUACAACUGCUGAUCACAGUGACUGAUGUAAACGAUAACGCACCGCUGUUCAAUGCUUCUUCUCUUCAAGGUGCCAUCUUGGAGAACUCUCCCAUCGGAACCUCCGUCAUGCGCGUUAUUGCUACAGAUGCUGACGUCGGAGAGAACGCACAACUAAUGUUUAACUUCUCUACAAAUGUUUAUGUGGAUAUUUUUGCCAUCGACCCUGCAAGCGGGGAAAUUACUGCGUUGAAAUCACUCGAUCGCGAAAAGCAAGAUCUUUACAAAUUGAAAAUUAGUGUCAGCGAUCAUGGUGACCCGCGGUUAUCCUCAUCCGCUGACGUCACCAUCACCGUCACUGAUGUGGAUGACAACUGCCCGAAGUUUGUGCCCGCGGUGUAUAAUGCGACAAUUAGUGAGAAUUUGCCAUUCAAUCAGAGUAUUGUUCAAGUGACGGCGACUGAUGCAGAUGUCAAGGAUAAUGAAAAGAUGUUGUAUGCAAUUUGGCAAGGAAAUGAAGGCGGGGCUUUUACAAUUGAUAGAUAUGGCUUCGUAAGAGUUAGCUCCGCCGGAGUUGACCGAGAGGUUACGUCGUCUUUCCAAUUGGUGGUCCGGGCAGGCCGUGCCGACUGUGGUAUCAACAGUACCGGCGAUGGAAACACGGCUGAAGGAGGACCAGACGACAGAUUAGCUGCUAUGGCCAUCGUGAACCUUACUGUAAUCGAUCAAAAUGACAACGCCCCUCGCUUUACCCGCCCCAACUAUGAAUUCCCCCUUAGCAGCCCCAAUGAUACUAAUAUUGGCCGAAUUCAGGCGAUUGAUGACGAUCUUGAUUUGGGUGGAGUCGUAAAAUUCCGACUUCUUCAACAGAUCGAGGUUGAGAGAAAUUGGAAAGUGACAGUACAAGCGUAUGAUAUGGGUACCCCGAGUCUCAACAAGUCUAUCGAUGUCUUUGUUACAUCAAGGAUCGCUUGUCAAGCUAUGGUCUUUAAAGUCACUGAGGAUGGUGUUAUACAGGCAGACACUUUGUGUAAUUUUGUAAAGAUUCCAACAGCAGCAACUCGUCUCGUGGGCGAUAAACAUCAAAUGAGCUGCUUAGCAAAGGGUAACACUCGUCCCCAGUACCGCUGGAUGAAGGACGGCCGCUUUGUGUCAAACUGGGAUGAUCUUGGCGAUUACAUCAUUGAACAUAUGACCGAGGAAGACGAAGGCAGCUAUUCUUGCCUAGCCACGAGUUCAGCCGGCUUGAUACAGUCUUGUGUGGCUUAUAUGACAGUAAAUGAACCUCCAAAGAUCGUGGUACACCCCCAAAACAGCAGUGUAGAGCUGGGUGGUACGGUGACACUGGCUUGUAAUGCCACUGGAGAUCCUCUGCCCGAAUUUCAAUGGUACAAGGACAGUAUCCCAAUGGUAGAAACCAGUGAUAUUGAUCCAUUCAAACCGGAACUCGUGUUGAAGGAUGCACUUGCACAAGACGAGGCGCGGUAUUUUUGUCAAGCUAGCAACGUGGCUGUCAAAGUGAGGUCUGGCUGGGCAACGCUCAAGGUGUUUGGUAAAAAUGCACUUGUCUCUAUGACACUCUCAGUGACAAAUCCGAACCAAGAAGGAACCUGCCAGAUGUUUGACAAGAACGCGUUUCAACAACUUCUCAGCAAGGCUUUGCAGGCCAACGUGGACGUAGUUGGCUUUUCAGCGCCCGACCGGUGUGAGGAACAUCCAUGCAAUUCAAACCCGUGUAAAAAUGGCGCCGUCUGCUCCAAACAAGGCCUUCAGUAUGCCUGUUUAUGUAGACCGGGAUGGUCUGGGGACCAUUGUGAACUGGAUGUUGAUGAAUGCAGUGGAGAUCCUUGCUUCUAUAAUGGUACAUGCGCCAAUACAGCAGGCUCAUACAAAUGUAACUGUGCAUCGGCAAAGACAGGCAAAAACUGUCAAUUGGAAAAGAAGGCGUGUGAUGGUAAUCCGUGUAAAGGCUCGAAGAUCUGUGCCUUGUCUGAGCGCGCUCCUAAUGGAUAUCAGUGCGUUGACGAGGGGCUGGAGAUGGUUAUGGUGUUAUCUGGGGGCCAACAAGGAAGUCUGUUUGAUAUCGAAAAACAAGUUGAGAAUAUUAUCAGGUCCGCACCGAACAACGUGAAUGAGAGUGUGAACGCAAGGCGAGUCCGUAGGGCUGAUGUUAAAUUGGAUUAUGGCGCAUGUUCUGUCCGUGUCACAAAAUACCAGGAGGGCAAGGUUCAUUUUGUGCUACUGUGUCCACCAGAAAUGAAGCCUCCUGAGCCGCAAAGCGCUCAGCGGUUUGUUUGUGGUUUGUUAUUUGAUGCUGGUCGUUCGACAUCUUGUGGCGGGAGUGAUUCGAUGGAGACACCGGUUCCACCGACAACCACCCCUCCUAUGGAGCCAAUGGAGGUCAAGCUGGAGCUCUUUGCCCGCGACGAGUCUGGUAACGACCUAAACUCCGCAGAAGUGAUCGAUAUGAUCAACAGCGGAAGAAUGGAAGAGUUGGAGCAAAAUGGUUUCAAAGUUAAAAGUGCUACAGCUAGCUAUACGGAACCCUCUAAAGCUGACCCUCCCUCUAAAGUUGGUUUAAUCGUGGGUCUGACCAUCGGAUUUCUGGUCCUUACUAUUGCAGUAAUUGCUGUUGGAUUAAUAAUCACGAAAAGACGAAAAAAGCCACAGAAUUUCCACUUCUCGUUACAACAAAGAGCUGCAAUGGCACGUAAAGACAGCCAAGAGUGCAUUCUCAGCCGUGAUCGAUCCGUGAAAAACAUCUCCCGCUCAGAGAAACAUUACCUUAAUGUCGCGUACGACGACAUCUGCGAUAAUUCAGAUGAAGAGGGGCAACAACAGUUCAUGGUCGAAGUCGAUCUUGGCAAUUCAAAAAGCAGAAAAAUAGCCAUGGUGUGUGACGAGCCAUAUUUCUACGAGAAGAUCUCCACACUAGAGGCUGAAGAAAUGCUUUCUUCUAUGGUACAACCAGGAACCUUCCUUGUGCGUGAGGGAGCCAGUAGCAAGGAGUUUACCUUGACUGUGCGCGCUCCAGAAGGUGGACCUUCUUUCAGACACCUUCCAUUUAAGUACGACAAGGCCAGCGGUGCUCUUCUCGUGACAGAGUUUGGAACCAUGGACGAUGAAAUGAAUUUCAGUUCGAUGCAAGAGCUUGUCAGUCAUUUUCAAGUUACACCGAUCACAUUUGACGAAGAUUCGCCAGAUGUUGUCUUAACGCAUCCUUGGAAUAAGAGUGUCGUGUGAAGCUGUUUCCCUCGAGGUGGACUAAAGAAUGGUUUAAUUCUUAUUAUUAAAGUUGAAAAAGUCUAAAAUUCUCAACUUCACAAUUUUGAAGGCUUCUAACGUUCGCAUUAUAGCCAUAAAUGUUUGUAAUUAUCCGUAGUUGUCUCGUUGAAAAGUCUGUCGUUGUUAGAGAAGGCAAUAGAGUUCACCUAUUUUGAGUAUCUUGAACUCUAACUGUUUCUAGAAUUAACUGACCUGCAGUGGAACCUCUACUAUAGGGACACCCUCGUAGCGAUAACGAAGUGGCUUCUGUGGGGACGCCCUCCGAACGAAAAAAAGUGUCCCCUGGAAAAAGGUUCCUUUUCAAUGAAGGUUAUAAAUACAAAGUUUGCGCAGUGGAACCUUUCUUCAGGGACUUAAAGGGGGGCAAGACGAAGGUUCCUGUGAAAAGUGGUUUUCCUCCAUUAUAGGCUCAUUAAAGAUUCAAUGUCUGCUUUCGGGUAAACGAUUUAUCUUUUCUUUUUUACUAAAGUAGAGACCCGCUAACUCGAACUCGGUUAACAUGAACCCCCCCCCCCCCCGAACUAACUCGAACCAUUUUUUGUUGUUGUUUUCCUUAGGAGUUCGAGUCAGUGGCGUUCUAUUGUAUUCUCGCUUUUACUUUUGAUACAAAUUAUAAGGUUGAGUUCCGAAGUAGCUACCCUAGAACUCAGCCCGUAACCUUAAAAUCCCGCCGUCAUUAUCAUAUGGUUACGUUAUCACUUACAAUUUAUUAAAGGUUAAUACUAUUCUAACGUCUUACCUCUCACCGACUAUCAUCAUCGUCACCACUUUCAUCAUCGCUAUCGUCAUUAAUAAUUUAAAAUAUUAAAUUAAUAUUAAGUUAUAUUAUGAGUUAGUUUGCAAGAUUAUAAUUUUGAUGCUUUCCACGAGACCGUUCCGAUAUUUAAGAAUUAAUGAAAUAAUUUAAAUGUUUUGUGGCAUCGAUCGGUUGAGGACAAAACUUCCAAUUUCGAUUUAUGGAUUAUUACAAGCCCAAGUGAGACGUGUAUGGAUAAUUUUGUUAAGUAAUGUCUCUGGUAUGGAUAUGUAAAGUUUUUCGUCAAAAAUAAAGACAUUAUAUUAAAAGUUGAA